AUGGAGGAAGACCGAGCGCAGAGUGACCUCGGUGUUGCGGCCGACAUAGAAGAGGCGCAAGCCCCUCCACCCGCACUGAAGCAGCCCAAGAAGCGUUUUGUUGGGAGGAGGACAGCCGGAAGAACCGGUGCAGCAGCAGGUCAAGCAGUCGAGGACAGCGGCACGAUCCAGGUUUCACAGACGAGACGCCCGCCGAGGUUACUGAACCAGGUGCCUCCUGAGAUUCUGAAUGACCCGGAGCUGAAGGAUGCGCUUGCGUUGCUGCCAGCCAACUAUUCCUUCGAGAUACCCAAGACCAUCCACCGCAUCCGGUCUUCAGGCGCGAAAAGGGUGGCUCUGCAGAUGCCCGAAGGCCUUCUUCUGUUCGCCACCACCAUAUCAGACAUCUUAUCUCAGUUCUGCCCCGGCAUUGAGACCCUCAUCAUGGGGGACGUCACAUAUGGGGCCUGCUGCAUCGACGACUACACCGCGCGCGCGCUUGGCUGCGACCUCCUGGUGCAUUAUGCCCACAGCUGCCUGAUACCAGUGGACGUGACCCAGAUCAAGGUGCUGUACGUAUUCGUCGAUAUCAGCAUAGAUACUUCGCAUCUACUUGCUUCCUUGGAACGGAACUUUGCUCCGCCAAAGACCAUCGCGAUGGUUGGAACGAUACAGUUCAACGCGACCAUCCAUGGUGUCCGGUCCACACUGGAAAAGGCUGGCUUCAAGGUGCUCAUUCCACAGAUUGCGCCUCUCUCGAAAGGCGAGAUAUUGGGUUGCACGUCUCCUCGACUGCCAGACUCGGAGAAUGUCGACCUUAUCCUUUACCUAGGAGACGGUCGCUUCCAUCUCGAAAGCAUCAUGAUUCACAAUCCUGCAAUACCAGCUUACAGAUAUGACCCCUAUUCACGCAAACUCACGCGGGAGACUUACGGCCACGAGGAAAUGCAGAACCUCCGCAAGGACGCCAUCGCGACCGCGGAAGGAGCCAAGAAGUGGGGGUUGAUUCUGGGUUCUCUUGGACGUCAGGGCAACCCGCACACGAUGACGCUGAUUGAGAACAAGCUCGAGGCCAUGGGAGUUCCUUGGGUGAAUUUGUUGCUGAGUGAGAUCUUCCCCGGGAAGUUGGCGAUGAUGACCGACGUCGAGUGCUGGGUGCAGGUUGCUUGCCCGAGGUUGAGCAUUGAUUGGGGGUACGCUUUCCCACGGCCGCUCUUGACGCCUUACGAGGCACUUAUAGCGCUCAAAGAACGAGAGGACUGGAGCGCGACUGGUGUGUAUCCCAUGGACUACUACGCCAGAGAAGGAUUGGGGAGGACGAAGGGCGUUCAAGUUUCGACUUGA